ACAAUUGUUCAAAUUGUGCUAUUUCAAUUGUGAUUAAUCUAUUCAAGAUGCAUUUAUUUCAAAAAGUAAAGACAUGGUCUUCAUCUUUAAAUUCGUUUAUUCAACGGCUACUAGGAGUCCUGUGUUUAUUCAUUUUGGACAACAAACACAUGACGAUGAUAUAUAUCUCGACCAACGUCUGGCUGCUAUACGUGGCACGUCUGAUCGCUGGAUCUGUCAUAUAUUUUUUCAAGUCGUCUUUACUGGCACUAAGGGCCGGUCGACGAGAACGUGAGCCUCGCGAAGUCGCGGUCGACGCCACGGCUAGGACAAUUGAAGCUCGUCUCGACGCUCUCGAGGAAGCCAUACGCCAACUGUCAAGUCAGUUAGCGUAUUUCAAGCAAAAACAAGAGCCAAAAAACCCCACAGAAACAAUUCAAUCACAACAAACACCUAAAAUCAACCCGUCCUCAUCAUCAUAUUGCUACUACCACCUUCAGUUCGGUAAAGAAUCUAGAAAGUGUGGUAGUAACCUUUGUAUGUUUACUCCUAAGCGGAUAAGUCAAAAUUAUAGGCUUCAAAAGAAAAUUCACCUACCCGUGCUCUGAUUGGAGAGAUUAUUUGUAUAUUCAGACAAUAGUUAAAAAUUAAAAUCAAAAAUACUUUUC